GUCAGAGUCAGAGCUCAGUUACACAGCUUGCUUCUGGGUUUUGCUCCAUUGGGAGUGUUCAUGAGGCCGAGAGGUGGACAUAGAUGAUAGAGUAGUUGCCUUCUGACUUUCUGACAGCUGGCGGAGGCAGCUGAACAGCAUUGUGUUGCAAGCACCUGCACACGAUUACAUCAACACCCCGCUGAAUGCAGAAUUGACACUCAUUAGCCUUCUCAUAGUAGGAAGACGUGAGGGGUAUUGAAAUAAGCAAUAGUCUCUGAGUGGCAGAGGGUGGGGAAGGCGCACUGCAGAACGCGGCGAAGGAGCAAUUGCAUUUGUGAUAAUGCUGUUUGAAGGUUUGCGCGUCAUCAGUGACCAGCCCUUCAGCCGCCCGUGAUAUUAGCUACACUGCACGCGGAGGGUGGUGGAGACUUUAUGGUUCAGCGACCAGGAGAUACGAUCCGUCAGCAGCAUCCGCUGUGCUGCAAAACCAGGUGGAGUUACUUUGCCUGCCGCCAGCAAUAAGAACCCUGCUAAUGAUUCCGCAGUCAUGGGGGGGCGGAAAAGAACAGGGCCGGAAAGACUGGUGGAGGAGAAGCAUGAAUUGGCAUUGAAGAGUAGAAAACUGGGACAGACAACAUGCCAGCGGCUAGUGUUGGAAGGGGCUUGCUCGAUGGGUGAGGAAAGCGGUGGGGAAGGAGGGGAAGCGAUUAUGCCCACUGGAGGCUGCGUCCAUGUGGUAUCUGGAGCAGAAUUUUUUGCUCAAGAGGGGGCAGGAGGACGAGAGGAACGGAACGAGCCGAUUCUGGGCGCUCAGGAUAUGGAGGCGGGGUUGGCGUGGCUGGAGCGCUGCUUGGAGGCCGAAGUUGAGCGGUGGAACGACGAAGUUGUCCGAAGGGAGGCGGCGGAGGCGGACACUGCGACAGCGGAGAGAAGGGCUGCGCAGCUGGAAACGGAGGUGAUCCGGUUGAAAGGUCUGCUCGUCGAGAAGGACCCAGCAGUAGAUGAGAGGAGGGGAGUGGAGUUUGCCAAGGCGUCAGUGGAAGCAAGAGCAGAAGAGGGACCUGAGGAUGCGGAAACGGGGUCGGAAUGGGCAAAGAUGGGCGCAGAGGGCAUGGAUGAGCGAACAGAGAAGGUGCAUAAGAGGUUGAAAGACGCCGAUAAGAUGGUGGCGGAGGCAAAGGUCGCAGCAGAAGCUCCGAAGAACAAAGCGGAAGCUGCGACGACAAGGAUGGAAGAGGCGAAUACAAGGGCAGCGGCCUUUACGCGUGCGUUUGCUGAGCAGACGGGUCGUGUAACUAGAGCGGAGGCUGUGGCGGCACUGGCGCAAGCAGGAGCGGAUGCCCUUGCAAGAGAGUUGGCACAGACCAAGAACGCCGAAAAGGGCCUUGAGAUGGUCGGGGCCGGCAGGCUGAGACAGUUGCUCCUGGAGAAGAGCCACGCGUUGGACGAAGCGAAUGCAAGAGCGGAGAAAGCGGAAAUGGAUCUAGCGCGCGCAAAUGUUUUGGGCGUUGCGAGUGCGAGAGUUGGGAAAGGAGAACGCAAUCUUGCUGACGAAGUGGCGUGUCGAGUGGGUGCGGAGACGGCUGCCGCAAUCACGCGAGAAAAUGCGCACGGUCUUGCCAGAGAGCUGGAGCGAUGUAAGACCCGUCCGGAAACAGCGGAGUCGGUCAGCGCCUUAGCUAACGCCAGGUUAGCCGGGAUGCAAGCCGAGGUUGCUGGCCUGAAACGGUUGCUUGUUGAGAAGGAUCGAGCGGCGAAAGAAGCAAAAGCCAGAGCGGAAGAGGCGGAAAAACGGAGAGCGGAAGAGGCGAUUGCGAGAACAAACUGGGCAAGUGCAAGAGCCGAAGAAGCGGGCGACUCGGCUAAGGUCGCCGCAAUGCAGAAGGAACUGGCUCGUGUGACAAGCUUGCUCGUUCACAAGAACGAAGCCCUCCGGAAGGCGGAGUCAGCGGCGGCGUUGGCGCAAGCACGAGCGAGCGGACUUGCGAUGGAGAUUGCGAAGAUAGCCGCCUGCCAGGCGAGAAGCGGUCCAGGAACGGGGCAAGUGGUGCCAGGGCAUUCAGUUGAUCGGGCUUUCGCGGUUGCUUCUCCGUCGCUGGUUGUUGCGCGCGCAACUGCCCGUCCGGAACGGCGGAACGGCGUGGGACGAGUGGCUGCAGUUGACCUCUUUCGAAGAAGCUGGCCCGGGCGCUCCAUAAGCGGAUCUCGGUCUCGGAUCCCAGUGCUUCUUCAUAGUCCUCUCUGGGCUAGACUUGGAGAAAAGCAAACCUGGGUUGAAAACAAAAAUCGCAAGAAGCAUUGUCGGAACGUUCCCGGGGCCCCGAGGGUGGCGAUGCCCGACUUCUGUGACGUCGUGUUGAGCAAGGUUGCGGAAGGCGUCCCAUAUUUUCUUGGAGUUGGUCAAGAUUGUGAGAACUUUGAUAACCGCAGUCAUGCCUCGUCGUAGCGGUAAGGGCUACAAGCAAGUGCACAGCCUUACCUAACUACGACACAAAAGCUUUGGAUGAUUGUAAUCG